UGUUGUUUGUUCUUUGGAAUAAUUUCUGUAUUGGAAUAUUCUUAAAACAUAAUACUGUUAAUAUAGGGAACAUAGAUUUUAAGUUAAAGAUAAACUUAGUAGUUUAUAUCAUUUUAGAUAAAUGAUGUACAAUUUCUUUGGUUACUAAGCGAGUUUUCAAUUUAGCCUAUUUCUCCUUUUAGGCUAGGCCUCCUACCUAUAAAACCAUGGAGAAUAAAGGGGAACAUCUCUGUGUUUUGUGCAAUAAUAAAUUGGAGUCAAAAGAAGCGUUAAGAGAACAUUUCAGGAAACAUGCAAAUAAAGAAAUAGAUGGUAAAGGCCGACCAGUAGGGCCAAACGGAGUUGUGGACGUGACUAAGAUGCGAGGUUUUGGCUACGAGAAAGGGUCUGCCUCAAAGUUUGUAGAUGGUGAAAUAUCUUGUGAUGUUUGCGGUGAAAAGUUUAAAUGUAACACAGCGGCUAUUCAACACAAGUUCAAGAAACAUCCGCAUACAUUGGUGAAGCACUACUGUCCUGAGUGUGGGAUGCAGUUUCCGCUAAAGAUACAUAGAGAUAAACACCUGGCGGAACAUGUUAUUUUAAAAUCUCAUCCGAAUGUGAAAUGCAACGACUGCGGGGCGAUUUUUUGCAAUAAAACCGCUCUUGAUUAUCAUAGAAAUUCUACUCAUCAACGGAUCAUCUCGUUGUACAGUCCAGUGUUAACGCCUCCCCCCAGCAAGAAGAUAAAGGUGAACAACGCCGGGGAUCCUCAGAGCGUGUACUACUGUCAUCUGUGCGGCUUUGAAUACAUUGUCAAGUUUAACCUUCAGAAACACCUGGAAAGGCAACACUCGAAGAAGGAAAGGGACGAAGCGCCGCCCGAAAUGAUCAAAUGCACAACCUGCGACGCUCUGUUCUACAGCCAGAAGGCCUAUCAGAACCACAACAUGUACCACAAACCUGAUGACCUUUAUGUGACCAGUGAACAACAGAGGUUAAGAACUGUGACAAGAGUGGACCAGGAUUUUGACAUCAGAAGGGUCCAGCUCGGGGCGGAAAAAUACCUUCCAAAACUUCCAAGGAGGAGAAGGAGAUUAAGACAGCCGGUGGAAAUUAUAAAACCUGAGAAAGAAAGCUCUGAUGAAAUGUCACCACCCUCUUCAAUGGAUACCUCUAGUGAUUCCGAUAGUGACAUGCCACUUAGUAAGAGAAUAAAAAAUGCAGAGGAAGGAAGUCCUAUAAAGAAGGAACAAAAAAAUGAAACCAAGGAAGAAAAGACUGAAAAGAAGUGUGAGAGUGACCCAGAAGACAAGAUAAAAGUUGUCCGUGGCAAACAAAAACAGUUAAAGCGCAAAGGUCAGAGUAACAAAAAUAAUAAAAAUCAACUCAUGAAAUCGGUUGAUGAAGACAGUGAUGGUGUAGCGGAGUCGGACGAUAAAACAACAAAAAAUUCUUUGUCAUAAGUUGAUGUUAAUACGUUAAUUUGGGCCAUACACAUUUAAGAUGUGUUGCAGUCAUGUGGAUUUGUCAGUCAAGCUGUAUUGCAUUGUGGUAUAGAAUUAUUAACAUGCAGUUGAGUCUGUUGAGUGUAAAUGAGUCCCAUGGGUUUUAUUUCAAAAAAGUUCAUCUGUGCUUAACAAAUGAAUGAUAACCUAACCUUAACUCUAAUAGCCUAUUACAAAAACAACUAGACUUACCAAAGUUAUAGAACUCUAGAAGUAUUUUUCUACAGUGGCAGUGGAAAGUGAAAACAUUUAUAAAGUCUCAUUAUUUUUCUAUGAAUACUAAUCAAUUGUAAACCUAAUACUCGGCUGAAGUUAGGAAGGAAGGAGGGCCAAAACAAAUCUGAUCUUUAGAGUGGGAAUAAAAAGAAAAGACAAUGUCCUAUAAGAAUUUUUCCAAAACGUAUACCUUUAUGUAAUUUCUUAAUACAAUUAGGCUAAUAAAUAAAUAGCUUGAAAUAUAUACAUAUAUUUACAACCGAAUAAAGCUUGUAUGCCUAACUUUGUUAAGAACUAAAAGGUUGCAGAAUCUCGUGUCCCAAUAAAAAAUUAAAUGUGUGUGGCCCUAAUAUUAAUUACUAUUGGCGACUUUCUCCCAUUUAAAACUUGUAUUUUAUUUUCAAAUUACUUAUGAUAGAUAAUUUAUGAAUAUGUUUGUUUCCAACAAAAUAAGAUUUUUUUUAUUUAAAUGGUAGAUUAAUCAGAUUAAGCUUUAUAGUUACUGAUUUUGUUUGUUUAUGGUAAAAUGUUUGUUUAUAGUUUGUUAUUACAGUGGUUUAUUUUAUUAGUUGUCAGUAAUUUAUUUUAUUUUUGGCAGGGUCUAAGAUACAAUGAAACCCUGCUAAUCCAAGUUUGGCGGGUCCGACUCAUCACUUAAUCCUAUCAGCGACAAUGUUAUUGCAGUUAUAACAUGACUAUCUGCCUUGGUCUUGUGGAGAUCAUCGUCGUAUCCCGCAAUCAAAGAAAAAAUGUUGUUUAUCCCCCCCGGCCUGCAAUCACGUAAACACCAUUAUUGUUUUCUCGGCUCACAGGAAAAUAUAUUGUCAUCCGCCGCGAUUGUGGCAAAAUAUUAAACGUCUCUGACGGUCAUCCACGUCCUACGCGAUCAGUAAUGUCAGUUGAUGUUGAUGCACAAUAAGCUUCGGUUGACGUGCUUGGACCACGAGUCCACCCUCUUACAAUCAAUGUCAGUUAGGUAUCUGGGAUAGUUUGACCUUUUCACUGUUCCAACCAUGCUACUGAUCCCGUAGGUGGCGUUAGUACGGAUAUACUGUACCUAAUUGUGUUUAUUGUAUUGUUAAUUUUGUUAAGUAAGUAUGAUUCCUUAGUUUAGCAUCCAAAAUAUUUGAUUGGUCAUGUUUUUAAGUUAUUAUAAAUAGGUAACAUCGCCCAAACUGCAAUUUACCAUUAUAAAAGGUUUAUCUUUUUUUACCCUCCUUACUACUUUUUUUAAACCUUAAUGCCUCUUUUACACAUUGAAUAAUGAAGGACAAAAAGAAAAAAAAAACAGCAAUCGUUUACGACUAACAUUGGAAAUAAUGCUGAAAUAAUAAUUUAAAAUAACUGUGCUAACCUCGCCUGAAUUCAUUUGCGUUUAAAUUUGUUUAAAAAUACUUUUACUUUAAUAGGGUACUUUAUUCUAUUUCCACUAACGUACACAUUUUUUCUAACCUUUUCAUAAUUGAAGUUAUUUUUUCUGUUUAUUUUGAGUGAAAAAUACAUUUUAAUAUCGAAAUAUACGUUUUAAAGUUUAGAUAAACCAUCACACUCAAAUAGUUAAUAAGGGAGAGAAGUUAAAAAUGUAAGAAAUACAUAAGCAGGUUCUUUAAUUUACUCAAAUGUAAUGAUGAUUAUUAUUCUAAUUUCUGGGAGAAAAGUUGUCGUUUCGUUUUGGUGAAUUUCCUUUAAACCCUUUCAUGAAUGUUUCAAUUGAAUGUGUCUUCAUAGAACAAUUCUGGUCAUUACUCUAAGAACUAUAGUCUAUUAUAUCUCUGUAAGAAAAUAACACUAAUGCAGCAGUAUUCAGUGUAGAGAGAUUUGUAAUUGUAGUAAAAAUGUAUGAUUUAUUUGUA